AUGGCAUACAUACCUCCACACAAAAGGCAGUCUAAGGAUAAUGAUAAUAGUCCUGUUCCAACACCUUCAUUGCUUGUUCCUGAUCAGUUCAAGAAAAUCUCAUACUUGGGGUCUUCAGUUGAAGGUGGUUCUACAUCUGAUGCUGAUCAGCUUCCUGCACAUUCAGUUCGGAUGGAACCUUUUCGCCGUCUCAAGUCACUUCAGUGGAAACGCUGGGGAGAACCAUUUGUUUUGGCUUCCGACUCCCUCGACUGCAGAGGAUUUGUGCAAAGUACUCCCUGGGUAUCCAUAACUGAGAACAUACGGUCUGAGCUACUUGCUUCUUUUGGAAAUCUUAGAGAAGAGAUGGGUUCGGGAGAGGUUGGAGCAUUACUAAAGCCUAUUUUCGUAAUCAGAAUUGGUAAAAUUCUCUUUCAUGGAAAGAACUUUUCAGGAGGUGUAACUAGUAGGGCAGCUGCCGAAUCUUAUUUCAGUCACGUCGGAAAAUCAUUUUGGACAAACCUUCCUGAUUCUUACAUGGAAUUUAUUCUUGCUACAGUUAUUCCAAAAAUCAGAGUUGAUUCUGAGCACACCAAGGAGUACUACCAUGUGAAGGUAUUUGACAAGUGCAACCCUGAAUCUCUAUUUCAAUCAAAUGCCGAGUUAUUUUCCGGACACCUUAAAAUACACAAGAUUGAGCUCAACCAGAAGAGGUGCCUAGUAGUGGAUGUAUCUUGCCUUGAUAAGGAUUUGGACCUGAGAUUGAUGUUAUCCACCAAGAGGGGAUUGACAACGUCAGUGAAGGGCGAUGCUGAGAAGUUAACUAGCUUAAGGCAUUGGUUGAAUGUCCAACAUUGGAUUCUAAUGUGA